CGGUGUGUCACAAUAGGGCGGUAGCUAAUUAGUCCGUAGAGAUCGGUUGAAAUUGACUCAGCUUAGCCAAUAUCCUCCCUCACCUCAGAUCCAGAGAAAAUGUCAUGAAGGGCGUUCAAGGCGUAGAAAUAUGACAAUUAGUGGGUGUGAACGACGUCUGAUUGGCUGACAUGCCAUAAUAGCUGCUGAAUGCCUCAUCCACGGCUGCGCUUCGCCGGUGCGAUACCCCGGUUUCGGGCGCAUUUGCCGGAGACAAGGUCCGGGGUCAGGGCCUUUGCCUAUCUCUCUUCACCCUCCUACAUCAACCCAACUGCGUCUGCCACCAUUUACAAUUGACAGAGACUCAUUGGCUCUCACGAACACGGGAUUGCAGUGUGUAGUUGUUAUAUUGAGUUUCUUAAGGGCAUCGUUUUCACCAUGAUCGCCCGCCUCAGGCCAGUGCUGUGUGUUUCCAGCCAGAUGAGGUCACUCUCAACCGCGCGGGGUUCCUUAUCUGGACUCAAGAUCAAUACCGACAGGCUUCAAGAGACGAUUCAUCAUACCUGUCAAUGGGGUGCAGAACAUCGAUAUGGAAAGGGUGUGACAGAAACGGGCAUGGCCAGACUGGCGCUGUCCGACGAUGAUGCUCGCGUUAGAAAAUGGUUCGCUGAUGAGGUAGCAAGCCUUGACUGUGAACUUUCAAUUGACGAGAUGGGGAACAUGUUUGCGAAACGUCAAGGGACGCUCAAGUCCUCCGCCCCGAUGACAGCCAUGGGGAGCCAUCUUGAUACCCAGCCCCGCGGUGGCAGAUAUGACGGUAUUCUCGGCGUUCUGGCCGCUGUGGAGGUGAUGAGAACACUAAAGGACAACAACUUUAAGACGCAAUUCGAUGUUGGUAUCGUCAACUGGACCAACGAAGAAGGCGCCCGUUUCCCAAAAUCGAUGAUGUCCUCCGGUGUCUGGGCAGGUGAAAUCCCGCGGGAAAAGGCCUGGGACUUAGGCGACAUCUUCGACCCUUCUGUGACCGUCAAAUCCGAACUGGAACGACACGGCUACAUCGGUCCCCUCGCCUGCUCAAGCGACGCAUCAGCUGGAUACCCUCUGGGCGCGCAUUUCGAGUUGCACAUCGAGCAGGGCCCCAUCCUCGAGGAGAACGGCAGGAAGAUCGGCGUCGUGCAGGGCGCGCAGGCGUACCGCUGGUUCACCUUCACCAUCACGGGCCGCGACGCGCACACGGGCACCACGCCGUUGAAGUCCCGCAGGGACCCGUUGCUUGCGGCGUCAAAGAUGAUUGCUUCCUCCAAUGCCAUCGCGAAAGAGCUCGGGGCCUUGGUGUCGACAGGUGUUCUCAAGAUUCCACCAAGCUCGUCGACCAACACUAUCAUCUCAGAGGUCACAUUCACCCUCGAUAUCCGCCACCCCAAAGACGCAGUGGUCGAAGAGGUGCAGAGGCGAUGCAUCGAGUCGUUUGAAAAGAUCGCCGCGGAAGAUGGCCGCGGGGUCGAGAUGCAGUGGACGCUGGAUACCGAUUCGGCGGCGGUCAAGUUUGAUAAGGAGUGCAUCCAGGCCGUGGAGAGCGCGGCGAUUGGUCUUUUUGGGCCGGACGGCUGGCUGCCGUUGACGAGCGGCGCGGGGCAUGACAGCGUUUAUACGAGCAAACGGUGUCCGACUACGAUGAUUUUUGUCCCUUGCAAGGACGGUGUGAGCCAUCACCCCGAGGAGUAUUGCAGCCCGGAAGAUUGUGCGAAUGGCACUCAGACCCUGCUUGAAGCCGUUGUAAGCUACGACCAUCUCAGAGCUAGCAGGAAGUGAUGGUUAUGAGAGGUUUUGAGAAGGAAAAAUUCACAACUAGCCGUUGGAAUCCUUUUCUACCAGAAACAUGUCAUUUUGUUCAUUCCGAAGACAUAUCACUCACUGGAGAUUUGGGUGACGUGAGUAUCUGUGAGUGAACACUCAGUUCGUGAGUGAGGUCAAGCACAUGCAUUAACUCCUGCACCAAACUAAUCGCAUGAAUGCCCUGGGACGGCCCAAACUCAUGCCAAAACGCUCCAUUUGUA